AUGGACAAUCAAUCUAUGGUAACAGAGAUCCUCCUGAUGGGAUUUUCCAAUGACCAUGAUGACCAGAUUUUGUAUUUUGUGAUGUUUCUCUGCUUUUAUUUAAUAGCCUUGGUGGGGAAUUUUCUCAUCAUCACUGCUGUAGCCAUGAACCACCAACUCCACACCCCAAUGUACUUCUUUUUGGUCAACCUGUCACUGACAGACAUUGGCUACAUCACAACUACUAUCCCCAAAUCCAUGGUUGCUUCUUUGACAGACAACAGAUUGAUUUCUUUUGCCGGCUGUGUUGCCCAGGUUUUCUUAAUGAUGAGCUUUGCAGGUUCUGACCUUGCCUUGCUCACCGUCAUGGCUUAUGACCGCUAUGUUGCAAUCUGCCAUCCUCUACAGUACAGGCUAAUCAUGAACUGGGAUGCCUGCACCCAAAUGGCAGCUGCUUCCUGGAUAAGUACCCUGAUCCAUGCAUCGAUACAGACCAGUGUCACUUUCAGGCUGGAUUUCUGUGGGUCCAAUAUUAUUGGGCAGUAUUUCUGUGACAUCCCUCAGUUGAUGAAGAUUUCUUGUACUGAUACAAAAGUUAAUCAAAUUUUGAUUUUUGUCUUUGCAAUAACAAUGGAUUCAUUUUGUGGUGGGUUCAUCUUUGUUUCCUAUGGGUACAUCUUCUCUGCUGUGCUGAGAAUCCCAUCUGUUCAAGGCAAAUAUAAAGCUUUUUCUACCUGCACUCCCCACUUGAUUGUCUUUUUUUUAUUCAUCACCACGGAUGCAUUUACAUACAUGAGGCCUAAAACACUUUCCUCCCCCACUGCAGACCUGAUUUCUACUGUACUGUACACAGUUUUGCCACCAGUUAUUAAUCCCAUUAUUUAUAGCUUCAGGAACAAAGACAUCCAAGAGGCAGUGUGGAAAAUACUAAAAAAAAUUAAGUAUCUCCUAAGAUAA